CGCCAUAAGCGAGCGCUCGAGGCGGCACCGUAACCGAGCGCUCGGGGGCGUCGCCGGGCCCGGCCCGCCAGACCCCCCGGGCUCGGAGGCUGCACGCGUCGUUCCCAACGUGCCGUCUGCUCCGCAGCUGGCCCAGAGCCACGUUUGCGCCUUGACGGAAUAUCGAGGGACGCGCGGCCUCACGGCCUGCCUGCCUAAUCAAACACGGGGCUCUGUCGUGACUUGGGUUUUAGGGCGGCCUGGCGCUGCUUUUCCAGCUCCCCUGCACUCCCGGUCGGGCGGGAAGCAGCCCCAGAGUGACGCAGGAAGGCACCCCGGCGGCACCGCCCCGCGUGGCCAUGGCGGCUGGGGCUCGGCGGCGGCAGCUCCCGGCCUGGAUGGGGGCGGCGGGGGACGGGCGGGCGGCGGCGGCCCCGUCCCCCAGCGCCGGGCGGCGGCGGGCGGCGGCGGGGGCCAGGCCGGCGGCGCUGUACUGCAUGAACGAAGCGGAGCUGCUGGAGGUGGCCCUGGCGGUGCUGGCCGAGUGCGAGGAAGGAGAAGAGAAGGCCCGGUCCGGGAGCGAAGAGGAGCAGGAGAUCCCGCCAACACCAAGCGAAGUUCCUGGAAGCACGGCCAACACGGAUGGAGGCAAUGACCGCGGUCCGGCGCUUCCAUCCCCUCCUGGUGGUGGUGCUGACGCAGAGGGGUCAGGCGGGGAGAACUCUGAGGACGAUGUCCUGAAAUACGUCAGGGAGAUUUUUUUCAGCUAGCAUCUCUGACUUCCCAGGAGAAGAGGGCACAAUGGGGAGGGUGUCUCCGCCCGCGGCCCUGGGAACGAUGGCAGGAGGGCCUGGAGCAGGCUGUGCAUCCGUCUGCUGUCUUGGUGCCCUGUGUAGCUGGCAGGAUACCCAGGAACGCCAGAGGGGGAAAGAAGGAGGUACUCAGUUCUCCCACUCUAUGCUGGGCUCAGUGGGAUUUGGCUCCAGAUUAGGAGGUGUUCGUUUCUGUUUCAUAUUUUAGAGCAUGGACAGAUUAAAGAGAACAUUUGGGUUUCUAUGAGUAUCCCUUUGGUGGGUUGGUGUUGGGCAUGGAGGGGAGCAGGGAGCUGCUGACCUGGAAUACCUUUGCUGGCAGAGCUACAUGGUCCUGGUUCAGCCUUGGGGCCUCCCUCAUCCUUGUGGUCCCUCUGUCACAGCUGCAGUGGGGCCUGGCAGGAUGUUCCCAUUGGGUCUGGUGCUGAGUUUGCCUCCAGACUCCAGCAGUCUUCCCAGUGCUGAGGAACACGUGUGGGAGCAAACUGGCAGGGGCCAGGACUGCCCUGAGGGGGCUGACCCCGUGGCAGUGUGCAUGGGGGUCUAGGAGGGGAUGAAGAUGGCUCAGUAUCCUCUUCCCAAUCCAAAAAAAGGACAAAUAAACCAUAUGAGGCCAGCUGUGAGAGCAUGUAUUGAAAUGAAGAAUCGGUCAAAUCAGCAUCACCAGCCUCAUCCCCACCAAGGCUGAAGUAACAGAGAACAUACCCUCAUGUCCCUUGAAACAAAUUCACACAACUGCAAAGAAUAUCACUGUUAAGUAGGCAUUGUUUAUUUACAUAAAUUCUCCCAGCCACUGGAUGAAUUAAUGCAGCAUGUAAUUACAAGGCUGUUACAUCUUCACUACACAGAAAAAUCAAUAACAUAAAAGUCCGGUUUUGAAAAUGAUUAUAUGAACUGGAGUUAACCGUUUCAGUAUUUUCUGCCAUCUAGCGUCUUUUAGGGGUUAUUACUACUCCCUGUAGAGGUUUUGCCGGUCUUUUAAUUCUGCGUCACUUGUCUUCUUACUGCACUUUCUUAGUUGGUGCAUGCUCAGUGUUGUCUUGUUUUCAAACUACAAACCCGCUUCUUUCUGGUGUUACUUUUGUAUCGUCCUAGAUGGCUUUCUUCACAGCCUUGAAGGUUGGUUGUUGAUUGGCUGUUUGCUUAAGUGAUAUGUAUCCUGUCUACUUAUGAAGAAAUUACCUAUUUGGUUACAUUUU